AUGACCUGGACUUAUGUCAAAGCGUACAAGAACUUGCGCGAAAUGGAGACUAUUGUAAUAAAUUUAUCUUCAAUGCUACACCACAAGGCCAAUGCUUAUGAUCCGCACAAAGUCGGUGCAUUCAGCGCAUCCAGCGAUUUGGGGCAGCUCCAGUCAGCGAUGAAACUCGCGCCGCUCCGACUCGAAGUGGCCAACAACCUUCGUCACGGCCUGAUCAUCUACUGCAUUGAUACUUGUCUACUGAUAGUCAUUUACGCGCCUCUACUCUGGAUUUCUUUUAGAGGCUUGUAUGACAGAUCGUCUCCGUCAGAAAAUGUCGAAGCUGCCCUAGGGCCAGUGAAACCGGUCAAGAAAAACCCAAUCAGUAGAAAACUAAACCGUGAUCGACGAAGAUUAGUUUCGCAUGCCUUAUGCGUGUAUGUUAGCACUACGCUACAUUUGCCACCCCUAAUUCUGAUGCUUACUCGCAACGUGGAUAACUUCAUGACCGAUCUGACUAGGCGUGAGAUCACUUACCAUGGCUUGAAUGAUCCACUGGCGGUCAUGGCGAACAUUAUCCUUCUGAUUCUCAACGUCAACUCACAUCAUAUCAUACGUGCUCAAAAGAAGACAAAUAGGCUAGACCCACCAUAUCGUCCUCCAGCUUGCGCUGCAGAUCCAAUCCCGGAACAGCAGAGAGGCAUCUUGAAGGGCUUGAAUGAUAGGAGCUCCAAGGGAUCUAUUGUUGCCGACAAUAUACACAUCGCUCUCGAUAAUUUACACGAAAAUGUAGAGUAUGACGAAAAGGUUUCACCAUGGGCUAUCUGCGCCACUCCGGGAGAUCUUGACCCGAUUAGACCGUUAUCAGGUUGUGAUCCACCUACAAAUUAUAGCGCCCGUUGA